CCGCACUACACUUGCUACUAUCGGCGUUUCCUUGUCAACACAAUCCCGGUGGUGAGCAGGUAUAAGGAGAAAGUGUUUUCACGAUCCGGCUGAAACGGAUGUGUGUGUCCAAUUUUACCCCGAUUUCACCAAUCGAAGGAUUGACGAAGGAGGAAGCGAAGAAGCAGCUCCAUUGUUUAGCGCGGAUGCAGAGGAAAUUCGAUCGACUAAUUUUGUGCGAAAUUCAAGGAAGGAGUGACGAAGGAGGAAGCGGAGGAGGCGAAGAAGCAGCUCGAGGAAGCCGGCGCGAAGAUCUCCAUUGUUUAGCGCGGAUGCAGAGGAAAUUUGAUCGACUAAUUCAAUUGAGCUCAAUUUUCUGUUCAAUUCCCACUGCCGAAAAAUUCGUUUAACUCAAUAGAGUAGAAGCCGAAGACGGGUAGUUUAGUCUGAGGCAUUUUGUUUUCAGCCAUACCCCAUUUCAAUCAAACUCCCACAAAUUAGGCUGUAGUAGUUUGUUGGGCUGAACCAAACAACCCACAACUCUAUCCACCAAAUCAGCAAAUACCCAUUUCCCACGAAGCCUGAUAAUUGUUGUAUGAACUACCACCCGCCCCUAAUAGAUUUAUUAUCAAGGCCCGCUUUAUGAAUAAAAUAGCCCAUAGAAGUUGACCUUUUUACGCUGAAGCCCAAAUAAAAUCACACAUAAAUCGCUAGGGUUUGUGUACAGACAAAGGGAAAGAGGCGAAAAACCUUUAAGCAGCAACAAUGGUGGAGAAGGUCAACAAGCCAAGGAAAGAGGAGGUUGUCUCCAGAGAAUACACCAUUAAUUUGCACAAACGUCUCCACGGAUGUACCUUCAAGAAGAAGGCACCGAAUGCCAUCAAGGAGAUCCGGGAGUUUGCCCAAAAGGCAAUGGGAACUAAUGAUAUAAGGGUUGAUGUCAAGUUGAACAAGCACAUAUGGAGCCGUGGAAUCCGAAGUGUGCCAAGAAGGAUCCGUGUUCGCAUUGCACGCAAGAGAAAUGACGAUGAAGAUGCCAAGGAAGAGCUCUACUCUUUGGUCACCGUUGCAGAAAUUCCAGAAGGAGGGUUGAAGGGCUUGGGUACCCAAGUCAUUGAAGAGGAAGAGUGAAUUCAAAUUUUCUUUUGAUAGGUUUCGUUUCUAUUUACGAAAGUUAUGCACUUUUGGCCACUUGUGUUUGGAAUUCAUAACAAAGAAUGUUAUCUCAUAUUUGUAUUGUGGAAUUUGGAUAUAUUCAUUUCAUAUAGGUAUUGAAUGGCUAUCGUAUUUCAGGGAUCAA